AUGGCUGCCGCCGCCGCAAUCAUCGCUGGGAAGUUGGCCGGGAACUCGGUGGCAAAUGCAACCAUCUCCUUUUGGAUCAGCAAAGCUUUCACCUGCCUGACUGACUACUGGAAGGCUGAUGGCUUGGAAGAUGUCAAGGGUAGGGUACUGCAGUCAGUGAAGAAGGUCCAGGUUGUAUUUGAUAUCGUUGACCCCGAACACAUCAAGGAACAAAGCUCUGCCCUGGAUCUUUGGCUGUGGCAGUUCAGAGAUGCAGUUGAGGCAGCAGAGGAUGUGAUAGAUGAGCUGCACUACGACGAGCUUAGAGAGAAGGCAAAGGAUCAUAAGGUCAGUGACUGGGGCUCCUCUUCUGCUAAACUGAAGCAUAAGAUUGUCAAGUCUGUUAAACAUGUCGGUGUCAUGGGUAAGACUGUGAAAGAAUUUACUCACCAUGGCACGCUCAAGAGGCUGAGGAAAGUCUUGGAGGGACUAGAAAAGGCGGCCACCGAAAUUGUGGCUAUCCUCACAGUCACACAACAUCUCAAAGACAUUGCUUCAGGUAGUAAGAGGCAGGUGAAUUUUAUGAACAGGGAUCAUGACACUGGUUCAACAUUAACUGAACCUUACUUUGUUGGACGAGAAGAGGAGAAAAAAAAGAUCAUUCGAUGGCUGACUCAGGCACCAGUGGAAGCUUCUGAAAUUGUGAGAAGUACUCACCAUGUUCCUAUUCUCUCGGUAGUUGGCCAUGGUGGAAUGGGGAAGACUACAUUGGCUCAAUAUGUAUGUGAAGAGGAUGAGGUUGUAAAUAAUUUCAAGGUUAUAUGGGUCCAUGUUUCUACUAGAUUCAAUGCAACUUCCGUGACAAGUAAACUGCUGGAAUCCGUCACAGGGAAAGCAGAGAGUGGGAGCAAAAUUUUAGUAACAACCAGAAUGCAGUCAGUAGCAGAUAUGGCUGCAAAUGCCAUGGGGGUUGAAAGAGAAUACCUGGAAUUAGAAGGGCUGCAAGAAGAUGAAAAUCUUAAAUUAUUCAAUCAUCACGUAUAUUCUGGUAGGAAUCCACAAGAUUUUGAAAAUUUAAAACCCAUAGGUGAACAACUUGCAAAACAACUAGGAGGAUGUCCCUUGGUAACAAAGGUUGUUAGCGGUUAUUUGCAGUGCAAUAUGGAUCCUGACAGCUGGACUGAUUUCUUACAAGAAGGCCUGGUACAUUUUAAUGGAAGUGAAGAUGAUGUAAUGGAAACUUUGAGACUAAGCUACUACUGCUUGCCAGCACAGGUCCAGAUUUGCUUUCGAUAUUGCAGCAUAUUUCCGCAGGACUACGAAUUUAAAAAGAAAGAUUUAGUGUUGAUGUGGAUGGGCUCAGGAUUGAUAUCACAACAUGGAAACAAACCAAGAAGGAUUGAAGAUAUUGGGUAUCAGAUCUUGGCUGAGUUAACUAGGAAGUCAUUCUUUGAAAUGAAAUUCAAGGUAGUUCAGUAUAGUCAGAGAAGAGAAGAAUAUUACAUCAUGCAUGACCUGAUGCAUGAACUGGCAAAAUAUGUUUCUGCUGGAGAAUGCACAACAUUAAUUGAUCCUAACAUGUUGGAAAAUGAGAGUGAAAAUAUCCGACACUUGCGUAUUGCUUGCAUUGACAAAUUUUCUACUGAAGAGGUCAAGAAAAUCACACGUUUUAAGAAUCUGCGCACCGCUAUUAUUGAUGGUCCAGGUUUGAUUGACAACGAUAUGUUAGGCAUGGUUGAGAAUGCUAUACAAAAAUCAAAAUCCUUGCGUCUACUGCGAUCAAAUUUGGAGAACACAUUCCAUCUUCCUAAACUUGCUGAUUUAAAGCACCUUCGUUAUGUCUAUCUGCAUAGGAUAUCACUUGAGGGAAUGCGUGGGCUUGUUAAACUUUAUCACUUACAGCUAGUUGAUUGUUUGAAUGAUUGUGGGGAAGAACUGAAGCAAGUGAUGUAUUUAGGGAACAUUGAUCAUCUGCGAUAUGUAAAUUAUGGGUUAUGGAGAAUUGGUGAGUUUCCAAUUGGAAGACUCACUUCACUUCAGGAGCUGCACAACUACCGGGUACAAGGAAGUAAAGGUAACAAAAUAAGUGCUAUCAAAAACCUGAAGGCUAUCCAUGAACUAGAGGUUUUCAGCAUUGAGAAUGUUGAAAGUCUUGAAGAAGCUGAUAAUGCCAAGUUAAAAGAAAAACGUAUCUCAACUCUCUAUCUCUCACGUGGUCAGCACCUGCCUUCACUCGGAGAAUUAGAUUGUCUUAAGAAACUUUGGUUGGAGUGCCUUCCUAGCCUACAACAGAUUGGUCAUCCAUCUCAACUCUCCAACAUUAGAUGCAUUGGUUCAUACCUUCCUCCACAUCUUGACACGUUGAUUGUAAGACGUUGCAAAGAACUGAAGCAGUUACCUAUCCUACCACCCAGCUUGGUUCAUAUGGAAAUAUGUAAGGUCGGGUUGACCGAAUUCCCAAGGAUAGGCAACCUACAUGGUGAGAGUAUUGAAACCAGGCCAUCUAAAUUGCAGUUUGUCAGUGUUGAAGAAUGCGAAAGUUUGACCUUACCUAAAGGAAGCCUUCUGUUGCAAAUACACUACAUCAGAACGAUCCAUGUCCUACACAUCAGUGACUGUAAAGAACUGGAGUCUGCACCCCUGUUUGAUGAAAUGAUAAAUCUUAGGGAGCUUAGUAUCAGAAAUUGCCCGAAGCUGAGGGCAUCAAGCGAAACUGAAGGCAAGAACCUGUCGCCAUCACUAAAAAAGCUUAUAAUCAAGCAGUGUGGUGAUCUAGUGCAUUUUCUGAUUAAGUCACUGCAUGGUCUCGUUAACCUUUCUGAGCUGGUACUAGAAAAUUGCCCCGGCCUUCUAUCCCUUCCGUCAGCUGAUGUGUGCAAGAGUCUCACGUCGCUGAAGUUCUUGAAGAUAAUUGGGUGUGAGGAUCUCUCAUCAUUUGGUGGACUCAGUUCCCUUUGUUCCCUUGUUGAGCUGAAGAUUAGCUCCUGCAGUAAGCUUGCAGCUCCACCUGUAUUGGGUGGUGCCGCUUCUGGUCCGGCUAAUGAUUAUGAUGAUGAUGUUAUAGAAGAGGAAAAUCCGGUGUUGCCUGUCAGUUCCUUGCAGAUAGAUUACCUUGAAGUUGAUCUCCCAUGUGUAUUGAACAUUGAACCUCUCAGUAGUCUUUGCCACACGAAAGGAUUGGUAAUUGGAGGCGGAACUCAGUUGGAGAGCUUGCCAGAGCAAUGGCUUCUGCAGAACCACAAAGAACUCCAGUCACUGAAGGUGUUAUGUGCCAGUUCAUUGGAGUCUCUGCCGCUAAGUAUGCGAGACCUGAGAGCGCUUAACUUCUUGUUGUUGUCAGGAGCUGGGAAACUUACAUCACUUCCAGACAUGCCCUCCUCCCUGCGAUGGCUCCAUGUCAUAGGCUGCUGUCCAGAGUUGGUGACCCAGAUUAGAGUGAAGGACAGCCCUGAAUGGAAAAAGAUCUCCACAAUUCCCAAAGUUCACAUAGCUGCUGCCAAGACUGUUCAGUCUUGUCCUCAUAUUUUUCAUGGUAUAUAUGCAUCUCUCUGA